UUGCUCCCUGAAGCUCAUCGUGCUGUCACUUCAUUUUAGAUGUGAGAAAAAUGGGGCUCAGUGAGUGAAGAAAUUGCCAGUGUCUGGGAGCUAGGUGGACCCUUCUGGAAGUCAGCAAUGGCUCUGGCCUGAUUUGACUGAAGAUCCAGUCCAGUAUCGACCACUUAUCCCCGGGAGGAGAACUCACAGUGUUGGGCCCUUGACGAUCCUAGCGCAGGGAUUCUGACUGAUCUGUCUGGCCUGAGACCCUUGCCUGGGGCUUCACCAUGCUGCUGCUGCCUGAACAAACCCCUCUGUUCUGCUCUGGAGAAAGGCAAAAGAUAGACUUGACAGACAAGCGCUGUCUUAUCUUGACGAGGGCAGCUGCUGAUACAUAUUAAGCAGCAGAAUAAAGCUUGGCUUCCCUUUGGAGACUGCCAUUUGCCCUGGAGAGCUUCCUGUGGAUACAGCCUAGAAAAGAGACAGAGGCCUCGGGGAUCUCCAACUGCUGCCCCACUGCUUUGAUGACAUCACCCACUCAUGCCUUCCUGACACAGUUCUGGUGGUCUCUCCUAGAGCACCAGAAUCCUGAGUAUCUUCAGUGGGGUGGCUGCCAACAAGCUCCUGCUUCUCAGUAGGAGAAGAUCACCAGUCAUCGGUGUGUUGCAUGAGAACACCCAGUACAUGCAGAUGCCUAUUCCUGAUGCACCGGUCGCCUAUCUCUCUGACCUCUUUGACCCCAUUGCUGACCACAUCCAUUCAGUGGCAAUGAAAGAGGGCCACACGUUACUGCACUGUGCUGCUGGCAUGAGCCGCUCAGCUGCCCCGUGUCUUGCCUACCUCAUGAAGCAUCAAGCCAUGUCCCUGGUGGAUGCCCACACAUGGACCAAGUCCUGCCAGCCCAUCAUCCUACUCAAUGAUGACUUUUCAGAGCAGUUUAUCCACUAUGAGUUCCAGCUGUUUGGCAAGAAUACCAUGCACAUGGUCCCUUUCCCAUGGAAGCAAUCCCGGGCAUCUAAGAGAGGUUCACUUGGUAAUUCCACUGCGAGCCUCUCUGUCAGCCUCCGCGCUGCGGUCAGCAGUGCAGAUCUGUUACUGGCUCUAUUCCACGAUCUGAACUUGAAUAUUCUACUUUUGUUGAUACAGGAACGAACCAGAUGAUGCCUUUUAUAAGGGCAAGGAAAAAGAAAGGCUGCCACAGCUUCUAACCUUGAAGUCCGAAUCUUUAAAGAUUAAACUCACCAAUGUAAGAGAAGAUAAGUUUUCCACCUGUGAGGGUUAUGUGCUAAUGACUGCCAAAGGUGGCCAAAGGUGGGUUGAGGUGGGUGAUACCCUAGAUCAAGAGACCAGGGCCCAAUGCUUGAAGCAGGCCCAGAAUCCUGCAGCCCACACCCAGACUGACCAAUGCAGAAAGGCAUCUGCCACAAGCCCACCUCACUCCACAUCAGCUGGAGCCUCGAGCACCAUGGUGCACCCUGCGCUUCUUGGAGUAAGUGCCACCCUACUGGGUAAACGGCUUCCACCGUUCCCUGGAACCUGGGGGCCUCACGUGACCCCACAUCCACCUUCAUCAUAGUGGCCCAAUUCAAAUUUUCUAGAUGGGACUUAGGUAAAAUAUAGUAUUCAAAGAAAGCAUUUCACUGUAUAAAAUUCAGAA